CUCUCUCUCUCUCCCAAGCCUGUUUUAAAGUCUCUGCCAGACUUCAGCUCAUGCGCUACUUCCUGGAUGGCGGAAUGGAAAGCUUCCAGAGCCGCUCCAACUCCUGUCUCUGUGUUUUCAGCCUGAUGCAUGGACUACCGCUCCUCUAACAUCUCUCUCUUAAUCCACCGUUCCCUUGACAUGCUUCUCUUCUGGACUACAAGCUCGGCCGUCUGAAAGAGAGAGAGAGAGAGCGAGAGAGAGAGAGAAAGAGAGCGAGAGAAAAGAAGAAGAAGAAAAAACUCUUUCCUCUGGCUCGGUCGAACUUCAAAAGAAAAGAAAAAACCUCUCCAAAGGACUUCGUAAAGGAGGCGACCGAAACGCGUUGAAGAGCGUCCCCGCGCUUGUUUGUGGGAGUUUUUUUGUUCGCCAGGAGGAUAACUCUGUCAACAGUUGCCUUAUUCCAGAUCUCCAUGUAUACGGUGUGACAUGCGGAGGCUACUGCGACCGCGCCGCUGCUGCUGGUGGAUUCCGCCUCUGCUUUUCUCCUCGCUCGUGCUCCGCUGGGCGCACUGUCAUCCCGAUUUAUCUGCUCUUCCGGGGGGUUCGUUGAAUCAGAAUUCAGCAGGAAGCACUGAUGUGACAUUCAGGUCGUGGCCGAGUGCAGCACUGGCUGAUGGGAACAAAGCGGAGCAUCAUGACCGGCCAAUCGGUGAGAGGCACCGCAGAGCAGCCGAAGAGUCCUACUGGGCCUACUCAGGGACGUACGGACCAGAUACAGGGUGGGCGGCAGCUUUUCCUGAGUGUCAGGAGAGAAACCAAUCGCCGAUCAAUAUAGCCGACCAAGACACCAAGGUCUCAAUGGAGUUCCAGGAACUUACGUUGGAUGGGUUUGAUGCUGAGUCAUCCAACAAGACAUCAAUGAAGAAUACAGGCAAAACCGUGGCGAUCUUCCUGAAGGACGAUUAUUUUGUGAGAGGAGCCGGGCUACCAGGCCGCUUCAAAGCUGAGAAGGUGGAGUUCCACUGGGGCCAGAGCAAUGGUUCCGACGGCUCGGAGCACAGCAUCAAUGGCAGGAGAUUCCCUGUGGAGAUGCAGAUCUUCAUGUAUAACUCAGACGACUUUGACAGUCUUAACACAGCCAUACGGGAGAAGCGAGUAAUUGCGGCCAUGGCUGUCUUCUUUCAGGUGGGCAUGAAGGACAAUCCUGCAGUAGAUCCGAUCAUUCAUGGACUAAGAGGAGUGGUUCAUCACGAAAAAGAAACGUUUCUAGAGCCUUUCGUGCUUAGAGACUUGUUGCCAUCCUCCAUCGGGAGCUACUACCGCUACAUCGGCUCCUUGACCACACCACCCUGCAGUAAAGUGGUGGAGUGGAUCGUCUUCAGUCGGCCUGUGUUCCUCUCCUACAAACAGCUGGAAGCGUUCUAUUCCAUCUUCACCACAGAACAGCAGGAUCAUGUUAAAUCAGUGGAAUACCUGCGUAACAACUUCCGCCCACUCCAGAGUCUGGACAACCGAGGGGUCUUCAAGUCCGCCGUCAAAGAUGCUUGGCUGCCCGACUUGACCGACAGCCUGGGGAACCCAUACGGUACUGAGGCUUCUAAAGCAUGCAGCAGUGCCCCCAUCAACAUGAACGUCCAGCACAUGAACAAGACGGCGCUUGUCGUUCGAUGGUCCCGUCCGGAGAUCACCUACGAUCCACCCAUCAUGAGCUACCACAUCUCCUACAGCUGGACCAGAAACGAUGAGUCAUAUGAGGAGACGUACGUCAAAGGGAGCGAUCAGAAACUGGAGGCCGUCAUCGCCCCGGUGUCGCCGGACGUGCUGUACCUGUUCCGCGUCCAGGCGGUGUGUUUGAACGACAAGCGCAGUGACUUCAGCCAGAGCAUGCUCUUCAGAGCCAACACCACCAGGAUAUUUGAGGGCACAAGAAUAGUCAAAACUGGGAUGCCAACUGUGUCCCCAGCAUCUUCGGCAGACAUGGCGCCCAUAAGCUCCGGCUCCUCCACUUGGACUUCCUCGGGUCUCCCGUUCUCCUUCGUUUCGAUGGCCACCGGCAUCGGCCCCUCUUCCAGCGGCAGCCAAGCGACGGUGGCGUCCGUGGUGACCAGCACCCUCCUGGCGGGGUUGGGUUUCAGUGGCGGGGUCAUCUCCUCCUUCCCUAGCUCCGUCUGGCCCACCAGGCCUCCGCCCUCCAGCCGCCAGACCCCAGCCAAACCCAUGGUGACCACCGCAGAAGCCCCUUCCUCACCGGCCUCCGACGCAGACACCGGCGCAGCUGCAGAGAGCGACGGAUCGGACGACGGGGCAGAUAAGGGAGGGAAGGGUGAGGACGAGGAUGGAGAAAAGAACGGCGAAGAAGAAGAAGAUGAGGACGAGGAGAAAGGUGCAGAGAGUAAAGUCGCCAGUGUUCCAGACGAUGUUGAAAAGCAGACGAACAGCUCCGUGACCAAAGAGACGCCCACUGCAGUGCCGGAUUCGACGGCGAAAGAGAAAGGAGAAAACUCCACAGCACCAUCUAGUGUCCCGGAGGACCACGCGGAGACAAACACACACAAAAUAAGGGAAGAGGACACACAAGUCCUGCCAACCAGAGACCCGGUGGGUGAUGAAAAUGCGACAGCAGUAAUAGAGACCCCAGACGACACGGCUUAUACCAGCAAACCCAGCAGAGAAGACCGCAAACACGUGCCUCCUUUCUCCAUACUUACAGAGCGUACCAUAGUCUCCAGCAUGCACCCAGUGCCCGCUUCAGCACGGAUGGAGUGGAUCAUUCCUCUGGUGGUGGUGUCGGCGCUCACCUUCCUCUGCCUCAUCCUGCUGCUGGCCGUCCUGGUUUACUGGAGGAGGUGUUUCCAAACGGCUCAUUUCUACGUCGAGGACAGUAGCUCUCCCAGAGUUGUGCCCAAUGAGAGCAUCCCGGUCAUCCCCAUCCCAGAUGAUAUGGAGGCCAUCCCUGUUAAACAGUUUAUCAAGCAUGUAUCAGAACUCUACUCCAACAACCAACAUGGGUUCUCAGAAGAGUUUGAGGAAGUGCAGCGCUGCACAGCAGAUAUGAAGAUCACAUCAGAACACUCCAAUCACCCUGACAACAAGCACAAAAACCGAUACAUCAACAUCAUAGCCUAUGACCACAGUCGAGUGAAGCUCAGGCCUCUGGCGGGAAAAGACUCCAAACACAGUGACUACAUCAAUGCCAACUACGUGGAUGGCUACAAUAAACCCAAGGCCUACAUCGCAGCUCAGGGUCCUCUCAAGUCCACAUUCGAGGAUUUCUGGCGGAUGGUGUGGGAACAAAACACCGGCAUUAUAGUCAUGAUCACUAACCUGGUAGAGAAAGGCAGAAGAAAAUGCGACCAGUACUGGCCAACAGAGAACAGCGAGGAGUACGGUAACAUCGUGGUGACUCUAAAGAGAACCAAAGUAAUGGCGUGCUACACACUCCGCAUCUUCACUAUCAGAAACACCAAAGUAAAGAAGGGUCAGAAGGGUAACACUAAGGGACGUCAGAGUGAAAGAACGGUUCUGCAGUAUCACUACACUCAGUGGCCUGAUAUGGGCGUCCCUGAAUACACGUUACCCGUGCUCACCUUUGUCAGGAAGUCCUCUGCCGCUCAGACUCCAGAGAUGGGCCCUAUGCUCGUACACUGCAGUGCUGGCGUGGGCAGGACGGGAACUUAUAUUGUGAUUGACAGCAUGCUGCAGCAGCUGAAAGAUAAAGGCUCGGUCAAUGUGCUGGGUUUCCUCAAACAUAUACGAACGCAGAGAAACUAUCUGGUCCAGACGGAGGAGCAGUAUAUCUUCAUCCACGAUGCCUUGAUGGAAGCCAUUCUUGGGAAGGAAACAGAGGUGCCCUCCAGUCAGCUGCACAGUUAUGUCAACAACAUCCUGACGCCGGGCCCAGGGGGCAAAACACGACUGGAGAAGCAGUUCAAGUUGGUGACUCAGUGCAAUGCGAGAUUUGUGGAGUGCUUCAGUGCUCAAAAAGAAUGCAACAAGGAGAAAAACCGCAACUCUUCUGUUGUCCCAUCGGAAAGAGCACGUGUUGGUCUCGCACCGUUGCCUGGAAUGAAAGGCACUGAUUACAUCAAUGCAUCUUAUAUAAUGGGCUUUUACCGGAGCAAUGAGUUCAUCAUUACCCAGCAUCCCUUGCCUCACACCACUAAAGAUUUCUGGAGGAUGAUCUGGGACCACAACGCUCAAAUCAUCGUCAUGUUACCAGACAACCAGGGCCUGGCGGAGGACGAGUUCGUGUAUUGGCCGAGUCGAGAGGAAGCCAUGAACUGUGAGGCGUUUACAGUCACUCUUAUCAGUAAAGACAGACUCUGCCUCUCCAGUGAGGAGCAAAUCAUCAUUCAUGACUUCAUCCUGGAGGCCACACAGGAUGAUUACGUUUUAGAAGUUCGUCAUUUUCAGUGCCCAAAAUGGCCAAACCCAGACGCUCCCAUCAGCAGCACCUUUGAGCUCAUCAAUGUCAUUAAAGAAGAGGCCAUGACCAGAGACGGACCCACUAUAGUGCAUGAUGAGUUUGGCGCGGUGUCUGCUGGGAUGUUAUGUGCUCUCACCACACUGUCGCAGCAGCUGGAGAGCGACGGAGCUGUGGGGGUCUACCAGGUGGCCAAGAUGAUCAACCUCAUGAGACCAGGAGUCUUUACCGACAUCGAACAGUACCAGUACCUUUACAAAGCUAUGCUCAGCCUGAUAAGCACUAAAGAGAACGGAUCCAGCCCCAUGUCCCUGGACAGGAACGGCAGCGUGGCCAUGUCUGACGAGUCGGACCCGGCCGAAAGCAUGGAGUCGCUCGUCUGAAGCCCCUCCGAACGGGCCGCGAAGAGGCACUUACUCUAACUUUGUAAAACUUCAAGGACUAAGACAGACUUUUUCUGAGGCCUUUUUUGCCAGAACUCUUGGUUAAAAGAAUAACCUGAUUACUUUUUUACACUGAUAAAAAGUUUUUGAUAUUUAUUUUUUUCGCCAUUUUAUGUCUUAAUGUUAUCCUACUGAAACAUUUGCACCGACGUUUUUGAGUUCACGACAAACGAAGCGAAACGAAACGAAACACGGUUCUGUCUAGUUUGCACUAUGAAAAAUAUCAGUGUUACUGCCUAACUCCGCCAUCUCCGCCACGGCCAGUCUCCCGCUCGCUCCAACCGUCCCGACAUUCCACGAUAAAGCGGCUCUCCGAAGCUUUACAGAUAAACGUUUUCCACGCACACCUCAGACGCUGGAAAAAGAGAUUACUCCCGUGUCCGGAGCUCCGAUUCGCCCGCGAAAGACCGUACGAGCAAUAUGGAUUAUGUUCGUUUUGAUUCUCGUUUGCUUUGAUCAUUUCGCGCGCCUCCCCCGAAUAGUAUAUCUACCCAUUACGCUUCUAGUUAAACCCAUGUUUGCUUUCGAAAGGUGGUAUUAAAACGGCUACUGUGAACUUUUUGUAUGAUUCAUAUUCUGCUUUUAAUAUAUAUGAAUAUAUCGUAUAUCAUGAUAACUUGUGCUUUUGUAAAUGUCGUCUGUCUCCACGAGCAGCCGUCACGGUCUCGUGACUCCUCUAGCGCCCCCUGCUGGUUUGGUUUCUCCAUCGCUUCACGCUGCAAGCUGCUACUUUUGUCGCUCGUGACCGAACACCGCGCGACUCGUAACGUUGGAGCCGGUUCUGUCCCCCGCCCGCUUCAUUUUGUAAUUUUAUACUGCUCUACUUCGUCCUGGGUUCGCCGACAUACGCCGUCCCGUAACUUUGAGAAUAAUGUAUACAAGUCUCUCGAUGCCUUCUGUACAGUCUCAUUUCACCUCGGCAGGUGUGUGUGUGUGUGUGUGUGUGAUAUAAGUGUGUGUCGUGUUUGGUAUUGACUGGUUUUACUAGACGCUUGUAGACUCGGUCCGAGCAUUUCUUCACUAAACUGACCUCUUUUUACGCGUCUCUCAUUUCCUGUCAUCGAUCCUCAGACACCGCUAGGGGAAAGAGUUACUGUAAUAUCGCAAACGGUCGUCUCGCGCCACACGCAGCACAAAGGCCUUGCUAACGAAACAUUAGAAUCAGUCUUACCGCUUCGAAAAAUUCAUUGAUUUUUACCAAAGACUACAGCUGUCGUUCGCUCCAGUCACGAAAAAGUUGUUGUUUUUUUUAUGACAGGUUAAAGCAGUUUUAAGCAGAAUGUUUUUUUGGAAGCGACUGGAAAAACUAUGUCGAAAGUGUCGACGUCGUGUGUCUCGCUUCGCGUUUUCGCUUUCCGUCUGUUGCUUUCGCGGUUUUAUUGUUCGUUUCGCUUUCGUCCGAGCAUUUGUUGAUCCGACAGGUCGUGUUUCUUUCCUUUUUUUAUGUCCUAAUGAGAAUGUAUGCCAUCACUGAUUUCUUUUGACGUGAAUGAGAAAGCUAAUGAUUCAGAAAUGCGUUACGCUGUUGAGGCGGGAAAGACGCUCAGUUCCAAUUGAAGUCACGUCUCUCCAACAUUUGGGGUAAUAUUCUGACUUUGCUUCGCGUACGACGACUGGAUCUGACGAGUUGCAUUUCUAUGUUUUUUCUAACAUUUGUUGGGGUUUUUUUGUCCUGUGGCGUCUCUUUUUUUUUCCUUCUCUCGCGUUGUUCGUGCGUUGUCAUGUUAAAAAAAAUGUACAUAUCUCUCCGUUAACUCGUCAGUCUCUAAAAGCUUUGUAUCCUGGCAUAUAAUUGCAAACGUUAUAUUUUCAUAUGGAUCGGUUUGUUUUUAGUUUCGUGUGUAGUUCUCAUUAUGAUGGUCAACACGAAACGUCCCCGAAUCCCCCGGAAGGUGGCUGACAUCGCAUCCCAGACACACAACGAUCAUAAAGGCAGUGAUUGUGGUAUUUCUGUUUUCUUCCCGCCCUUCGCGUCGAAAUUAUUUCAUUGUCCACACACGCAAUAGAAUAAAAGAAUAAGUUCUCCCGUACAAAGCAGGUGGGUGUCGCCAUCAUAUCCACUUUUUCUAAUCUGGAAUAACACACAAAGGAUUUUUUUUUCUCCCUUUUUUUUUGUUGAAGGAGUUUUCUUUCUUUUUCUUUUUGUUGAAAGCUAUAUCAAAGCAUUCUAUUAUAGUGUUAUUUAAUAUGUAAAUUGUAUUGCUAUACAUAAAUAAAAUAUGAGUUUUGAUGUACUUUAA